AAAUAAUUUCUAAACGAUUGUAUGGUCUGCCUUUGAACAAGUCAUGUUUAAGCUUACCGUUCGCAUAUUAGAUGUAUAUGUAAAUAGUGUGUUUUGAAGUCAUGACCGUCUGAUCCUUUAUUCACGGAGAAAUCCGAGGCAUUUAAUCAAGAUAUGGCAGCUACUCAGCACGCAUUUGGAACCGGGCCCCGCGGUCAACAUGGCGCUCCAAGAACUAGCGUACCGCAGCCGGCGAGCCGACCGCAGAGCUCUGCGCAAGGGACUUACCAGCCUGAGGACCCGCAGCACCAGUCCUAUCCCCUUCCCCUCCAAACCCACACCCGGCCGUUCUUCUUCGUACAGCCUUCCCAGCCCUUCUACCCGUACCAGUGGCCCAUGCCUAUGCCGUACAACCCAUACUGCGGCUUCCCCGGUCUAGGUUAUGGCAUGGUCGUGCCCCCGGUCGUGCCCCCGUUCCCGCCCAGCCCGUACAUGGAGGCGCCUGGUUACGUUGUGCCCCAUGCCCAGCUGCAUCUGGCGGACUACCGGCGAAUGGUGAACCCCCACUUCCCCUUGGCCAUGCCCUACCACGCCCGGAGGUUCCGGUACCAGCAGAGCGGCGCCCCCCGGGAGACCGUGAACUCGGAGGUGCAGACGGAACCGCCGCCGUGCCACGACUCCGAGCCAUGUCCCGGGAACGACCGGCUGGCGGGAUCCGAUUCGGGCCGGGGGAGCAGCUGUGCCAACGCCUCCUCCGGCUCCCAAAACCCUUCCUGUGAGGAGCCGGAGCGUCUGAAUCCGGAGCCUAGUCACCCGCCCGCGCCGGCCAGAGCGGCCACCCCAAAGGGCGGUUACAUCUGCCAGUCGGAGGAGGUGAGGAUCGCGUGCGAGGCAUCCCCGUCGGGCCUGAAGAUAAUCCACUCGCGCGAGACCACCACCGAGUCAUCGUCCGUGGGCCCUGCUGCCCCUGGCGGCGACCUGGUGCGAUGCGACGUGUGGUCGAUGAGCUCGGCAGAAGGCGUCAUCCCCCUGUACCGCUCCUCGGUCCACGAGGGCGACGUCGUCUCCCGGGACCCGUCGCGCCCUACCCGCGAGGAGCAGUGCAUUUCUGCGUACCCAGACAUCCUCCUAAUGGGUGGGUCCCCAUCCCGGGCUGAGGACCUUCAUGAGUGCGAGGCUGUCGGUGAAGCGGCGAAGCCGGCCUGCGGAUCGGAGUUGCUAGGAAGCCCGGAAAGGGACCUCGAGGCGUUCUGCGGCCGCGACCUUGCCCCCAACCCCGCGAAGAACGCCCCCUUCAAGAUCCUCCGACUGCCCUUCGAGCUGCAGUACCUGGAGGACUUGCGGAGGCUGGAGGAGUCGGUGUGGUCGGUGGAGUCGCUGAUACCCUACGUCCCCACCGCGGAGUGGAUGAUUCAGAACGGCCUCGUGCGGCCCGAGAAAAUCGCCGCCGAGGUUCCCGUGGAAACCGCCGCCGGCCGAUCGGAGGCCGUCCCCUCCCUGGAGACGAGCCAAGACUUGGCCCUGGUGCAGGGAGGCAGCCAGCGGGACUCGGUGUCCUCCGUUGACUCCCUGCCCCCCUACCUCCCCUCGGCAAGCUGGCUGGCCGAUUUUGGGAAUGUGUACUACUACAGCAAGCUACCCCUGAGCGUCCAGGAGCGACUGACCAUCAUGGGUGCUCCGGCCGAUCAGCCGGUGGGCAGGAAAAAGUCGGAAAAGAAAUCGAGUGUUCAGCGUGCGGUCGCGGCGCCGCCCGCUCCCCAAAAACGGGAGGAGAGGCACAGGCGCGCCCAAAAGCUGGAGAGGAGGGAGCGGGGCAGAAGUGCCCUCGUCCUGGGCAAUGAGGGGCAGCAGAACUGCGCCAGCUGUUUGACCAAACUAAACGUUCCCGCCGGCCACAAACCCGCGGUGGUCCCGACUGUCAAAAAGCCCCGGGCGCCCCGCGCGGCCCCGACCCCUUCCCCUGGGGGCUCCCCGAAAUCGCAGCGGCCCUGCGUGACCUGCGACUGCUGCCGGGGGAAGCAGCCCGCCAGGAAGAGGCACAGCCCGGAGGUCCCCAAAGCGGCAACGGUGGUGGCGGAGGUGGAGGAGGAGGACAAGAUGGAGGAUGAGGCGGUGGAGAACAGGGCCCACCCCGUCGCGGCGAGACCGCAGGGCGGGGAGCGGGGGAGGGUCGGGGCCCCUGCGGGGGACUGCCGCAAGCCGGCUCCCGCCCGGAGGCACUCGGAGGCGUGCUCCGCGGCGCAGUGCUCCCAGCUCCGCGAGCUGAACUGCUUGUGCGAGGACCCCCAGCGGGGCCCCGGCCCCGAGGCGCCGAGGAGGGGCCCCGCGGACGCCGCCCCGGCGAUUCCCGCCAAGACGGUGGAGCAGAGGUACCUUGCGCAGAAACUGCUGACGGAGAGGUCAUGGCGAGGAACCCUGGCUAUUCAUGACAGAGAGAGCUGUGAGAAUGGAUCCAGGCAAAGGAACGUGAACAAGCCAAAGAAAGUGUCUGCUCAGACGCAGGAGAGGCAGCACAGCAGGAUGUCAUGCAAGACUGCUAUUCAGCAGCCUCAGAACCCUGAAUUUGUUGAACCUAUUGAAGGAUACUACACCAGGUCAAAUUGGACCAAAGGUACGCACAGAAGAGACACCAGAUAUUGAUUUUCACGAAAGCACAGUCAACCAAUGAAAUGGAAGCACUUUCCUCCAUCAACACUAUUUAUAAACUUGAUGCACAAAGCACUUUUUAAAAAAAUUUACCGAAUAAACACUUUUUGAACAAA